AUGGAGCGCAGUCGCGGCCUUCCCGACGCCGAACUGUUCCUUCACAAACCCGCCGAGGAAGACUGUGAUAGCCCGACCGUUGAGCCCUUGAGAAUAUUCAAACCGCAGAGUCCUAACCCCGCCAACGACCGCUUCAAGUACCCCGCGCCUCCGUCCGCCUCAGGCUCCUCCUCCUUCACAUCGAAGCCGACCUUCCCUCUACCGCCAGGCGCCUCGAGCUCUGCCGCGCCUCUACCCUAUCCCGACGAGGAGGACCUUCGGCCUGGCAAACCGACCAAACCUACCAUCACCGCCCCGAAGCGAUUUGGCUCCGACUACAAUGAUACUACCCCGCGCUUCAAUGCGACCAGCCCCGUAGAGACCAAGAGUCCUACCCUCGCCGAGCGACGCGGUACCGGUCCGAGGCCCUUGGGCGCCACCUCUCCGCAGAGCCCGGCUGGCGACGACGGGGGCCUCUUCGCGAAGCCGCUGACCGCGCCGCAACCUCAGCGGCCAGCUGCUACAACUACAAACUACCCGUCUUACACCAAGAAGCCCUACUACCCUCCACCGGGUGGCGCAUCCAGUUCUACGCCGCCCGCCCAGAGCCAGUACCAGGCUCGGCCACCACCUCAGAGUGCUCAGAGUGCUGAUCGUCUCGAGAUGCCUGGCCAGAACAGCGUGAACAGGUUCGCCUCGACAGCUUCGACCUCCACAACCCGCGCCAGCCGGGGAUCUCCACCCCCGCCAGAGACCCCAAUCGUGGAACCAGGGGUCAUCCCGGGCGGCGGCAUCGAGGCGCGAUAUGCCGCCUCUGGCAUCUCUGGCACGGCGACACUGACCAGCCUUCAGGCGCAACAGGCACAGAGCGCCGCAGCCUCCCAGAGAUUGGCUCAGUAUGGAGGAGCACCACCGCCCGCGCGGCCGUGGACUCCCACGGAGAACCCAGAGAACCAACCUCAUGGCCCGCCCACGGUGUACCAGGGCAUGAACCCGGUUACGAGUCCUACGCAACCUACGUUCAGCCCUCCUCCUCAACAGGCAGAGAACCAAGGCGAACAGACGAACCUGCAAGUCAGCGUCCUGGAGCAGGAUUAUCAGCGGAUGGGCUUGAACGACCCCCCGCCGGCCUACUCGAGCGUCACACCUGGUAACCCGUCUUACCCAGCCGAGAAGCAGCGGCCUACUCAGCAACGGGCAGAUUCAACGCCGUCCGUGUCCUCGGCCUCUGCUGCUCAGUCGCCCCCGAAGAAGCCAGCGACUGUUGGUCCCGCAGCGGCCGGGCUCGCGUCACCUUCGUUGCAAGGCCACCCCGCCUUCGCCAACGACCCAAGGCCAGAACAGCAAAACGGACAGCCCUCGUCGUCUCAAGCGCAGAAUGUUCCCGUCACGCAAACCGUUCAGGCGCCUCCUUCCUUCCAGGGUGCUGGCCCUUCUUCGCCACCACCGCUACCCGAAGGCUGGAUUGCCCACCUCGACCAGAACUCGGGGCAAUACUACUACAUUCAUCUGGCUUCUCAGGCGACGCAAUGGGAGUUCCCCAAGGGACCCAAUCCUAUCACACACGAGGCAGCUCCCUUGUCUCCCACGGCAUCGACGUACGGCAACCCUCUCGCAUCGCCCAUGUUUGGCAAGCAGGCCAUGGCCUCUCCCAUGUUCCCCCCUCAGACACCGGGCUACGCUGAGAGCAUCAUGAGCGUCGCGGCGUCUCAGACGCCCACAACUGCUGGGUUCUCUGGACCGCCUCCGAGCGCGGGUGUUGACAUGUACAGAAUUCAGCCCACCAACGGUGUAUACUUUGGGCCGUACCUUCGUUACUGCAACAUGGACUUUGAAAAGGGGACAUGGCUGGGAAGCAUCAUGAUCGUGACGGACGCACCGCAACCCCCGACAAUUCACAUCCACCCGAGCAACGACCUUUCACCUAAUCCGCAACAGUUGGUGCCGCACAAUAUCUUCACUCAUCAGCGCUGGACGUUUUACAAGUACGAUAUUGAGCUGCCCAUGAGUGAGAGCGGCACCGAGAGGUGGACGUACGCAGUCACCUCUCACCUGGGAUGUACGAGAUACGAGUUUGUCAUUGCCGGCCGCCAUGAAGUCGGCUGGAGAUUCAUCGCUCACUCGAACAACGACUUUGCCGCCUCAACCUCCCAGGCCGAGCGCUCCAAGCUCGGGGGCGUGGGCUUCAUGUGGAAGGACGUGCUCCAAAAGAACGUAGACUGCGGUGGCUUCCACGUUCAGCUCGGCAUAGGCAACCAAAUUUACGGUGAUAGGCUAUGGAAGGAGGUGCCCUUGCUGAAGCAGUGGUUGGCGAUGAGCGGCAGAGACAACAGGAAAAACGCGCAGUGGACCGCGCGCCAUGAGGAGGACGUCUCGCACGCCUACUUCCAUUACUAUACCAGCCACUUUGACCAGCCUUACCUCAGAGAGGCCUUUGCACAGAUUCCGCAUGUGUUGCAGAUUGAUGACCACGAUAUUUUCGACGGCUACGGCUCGUAUCCCGAGUACAUGCAAGGAUCCCAAAUGUUCAAAAACGUAGGUCGGAUCGCCGUCGAAAUGUACCUCCUCUUCCAGCACCACACCACGGUAGAGAUCCUCCGCAACGUCAGCAACGACGGCGACCUCUUCACAAUCACUGGCCAGGGCUGGCACUUUGUCAAGUACCUCGGCCCGGCCGUCUGCGUCGUCGGACCAGACUGCCGCUCCGAGAGGAACCAAGCACGCGUCAUGGCCGGCCCGACCUACCAGGGCAUAUUCCCCAAAGUCGCGACGCUCCCCCCCAGUGUGCAGCACUGCAUCUGGAUGGUCUCGGUGCCGCUGCUAUACCCCCGCUUGGAGGCGGUCGAGAGUUUGGCGGGCGCCGUCGCGACAGGCAAAAAGGUUGUCAAUACCUCGUACAACAUCCUCGGCAAGGUAACGAGCUCCGUGGCCGGCGUCGUCGGCGGCAAGGACGUUGUCGCGCAAGGCUUCACGCAGGUGAAGAAGGCGGUCGGAAAGUCCGGCCUCAUGGGCAACGUCCUGAACCAGUUUGGCGAGAUUGACAUUGCCGAGAUCCUCAAGGACAUGUGGACGCACGAGUCCAAGGACCUGGAGAGGACGUACUUUAUCCGCACGCUCCAGGGCAUCUCCCAGCAAAAGGGCAUUCGCAUGACUUUCCUGUCAGGAGACGUCAACUGCGCAGGAGCAGGCCUAGUCCACGACCCAACACACCCAAGCGACCACAAGACAAUGUACCAAGUCAUCACCUCCCCCAUCGUAGCCCAACCCGCGAGCAACUACAUCCUCAAGCUCCUCCACAACAACAAGAGCCUCUACGUGCCCGCAAACGGCCACAAGUCCAACCACGAGGUCUCGGACUCCAAGGAGGACAUGAUGGAGAUCUUCCACACCGACGCCUCCGGCUCCGCGCGCGAGCUCAAGAAGCUCAUGGGACGCAGAAAUUACGUCGCCGUCGUCGCGUAUGACCCUGAGACCGUCGCUGGCGGUCCCGGCGGCGUCGGUGGGUCGCAGUACGCCGGUAGUAUCAUCAAUGGGGGACAGCAGCAGCAGCAGCAAGGGUUGCAAAAGUUGAGUCUGGCUGUGGACUUUGUCGUGCAGGGUGAUGGUGCGUUUACGGCGCCGACAAAGUAUGGACCGGUGAUUGUGCCCCAUUUGGAGUUUGGGAGAUAA